GACAUCACACAAAUUUUGCGCGUGCAAUCAUGGAAGAAGAAAGUACUAGCCUACCUUUAAAGAUAAUUGGAUUGUAUAAUCCAAGGAAAAGAGCAAUAGACUGCACAGAAUCAUGUGUUCAGAAGUCUUGGUCCUAUAAAUAUCCUAGUUAUUAACAUGUGUUCAGAAGACGGAGCAACUUCACUUGUUCCCUGCCUUUUGCAUGGCUGCUGCAUGCAUUUUUGAUGGGCGUCUUUCCUUCCUUAAUCUCUGGGGCAUGUAUCCUUAGAUCCUCAGCCUCUUGUACAUAUCUGUUAUUGAGAAAUCGAACAUACAUUGUACACAUCCGCUUUGCCGCCCUUACAACUCCACUCAGUGCUUUUCUUGCAUUUUUUUCUCCCUUCUUUUUGAGAGAUGGACAUCUAGUCAGUUAUCACAAGAAAGUGCUCUGCUAAUGCCAACCUCAUGCACCACCCUUGUCUUUAAAAGGCAAGGUAAUGAACACGGUCUAGCCCAACAGCACUACUAGUUUGUGAUGGACACCAGUACUCCUCCAAAGUCUGGGACGAGCUUCCUCAAAACUUGCUUCAAUGGAGUUAACGCCCUCUCAGGGGUUGGAAUAUUAUCGAUUCCUUAUGCAUUGUCUCAAGGAGGAUGGUUGAGCGUACUUAUGUUCACAACUAUAGCAGUUAUCUGCUUCUACACUGGGAUUCUCCUACAGAGAUGCAUAGAUUCAAGCUCACUUGUUAAGACCUAUCCUGAUAUAGGUGAACUGGCUUUUGGCCGGAAAGGAAGAAUCAUAGUGGCGAUAUUCAUGUACCUGGAGCUGUACCUUGUGGCAAUCGAUUUCAUGAUAUUAGAAGGUGAUAACUUGGAGAAAUUAUUUCCAAGCGUCGACUUCCAUGUUGCUGGAGUCAAGAUUGGAGGCAAGCAAGGGUUUGUUCUGAUUUUCAGCCUGUUGGUUUUGCCGACGACAUGGUUUCGGAGCUUAAGUGCGCUUGCGUACGUCUCUGUUGGAGGAAUCGUGGCUUCUGUCGUUCUCAUCGCGGCUGUUAUCUGGGUAGGAGCAUUUGAUGGUGUUGGUUUCCACGAGAGAGGUGUGCUUGUCCACUGGGCUGGUAUUCCAACUGCCAUGAGCUUAUACUCAUUCUGUUUCAGCGGCCAUGCUGUUUUCCCCAUGAUAUACACUGGAAUGAGCAACAGAAAAAUGUUCCCAACAGUGCUACUCCUCUGCUUCAUCAUCUGCACUCUCAGCUACGGACUGAUGGGCGUCGUCGGGUACCUGAUGUACGGGGAGUCACUGAAGUCCCAGGUGACGCUGAACCUCCCAUCGAGGAACCUGAGCUCCAGCAUCGCCAUCUACACCACGCUGAUCAACCCGUUCACCAAGUUCGCACUGCUGGUCACCCCGAUAGCGGAGGCGAUCGAGGACACCCUCCACGUCGGCAAGAACAAGGCCGUCAGCGUCUCCAUCAGGACGUCGCUGGUCGUCAGCACGACCAUCGUGGCGCUCGUCGUGCCCUACUUCGCCUACGCCGUCGCGCUCACCGGCUCGUUCCUGAGCGGCACCGCCACGAUGCUGCUGCCAUGCGCCUGCUACCUGAAGAUCAGGUCCAGGACCUGCAGGAAGGUGGGGUUCGAGCAGGUGGUCUGCGUGGGCAUCAUCGUGGUCGGGGUAGGGCUUGUGGUCGUGGGCACCUCCAGCUCACUGAAGCAGAUCAUCCAGAGCUUAUGAAAUGUAUGAGUAGGGAUGAACAACCAUAGGCAGUGGAGCCUAUUCUAGUACGGCGCAAUCAUGCUUGUACUCUGUAGUCUGUACCUAUGUUCUGGUAACAUGUAGAUACUAUGAAUUUAGCUUACAUAAGACUGGAUAGGAAUAAUCCCUAAGAUGUUUGUAGUAUUGAGACUUACUUCUUCAGAAGAAACUGCCUGUACCUAUCAUGUUAUAAACAUUAUUCAAAUGUA